AGUGUGUGCUGAGGUCCUCGGAUACGCUGACAGUAAUGUAUUUCCGGGUCGUCAUCUAACGUGCGGCGAACGAAUUUGAACAAAAGUAUUCAAUUAAGUUGUUUACGCUCUGCGUGGUAUGAGCGGUCUACACGGGUGGAAGAACAAAUAUUCAGAUGGGCGCGCGUGCCCUCCAAGUGUCCACUGAGGAGCUCCGCGAGACAUAAGCGAGGCGCAUCGCUGUGGAAUUAGCUAAGUCGGCUAACUAACUCUGUCUGUGGUCACAACAAACUACGUUUGAGGAUUUUUUAAAAGCGGCGCCAUGGCCAGCCUGGAGCAGUGGGUCAACGACCGUCUCCAUGACAUCCUGGGGUUGAGUGACAGGUACGUGUCUCAGUUCAUGAUCGGCAUCGCCCGGAAGUCUUCCAGCCCGGAGGACUUUGUGAGUCGCCUGGAGCAGACGGGAACCAUUGAUAUCGACCAGACCGUGGCGAGUUUUGCAAAAGAGCUCUUUGACAAGAUUCCUCACAAGCAGGUUGCUGAGAAACCGGCCCGUGCAAUCGAACGACAAGCCCUGGAAAUGCAGAGGAAGAACCAGACGUACACGCUGCUGGAGGACAGCGACAGUGGCGAGGACGCUGUGAAGGAGGAGCAAAAGGGCAAAAAGAACAAGGACAGAGGAGGCAAGAGGAAGCACAUCAGACAGAAAAAAUACAGCGAGUCAUCGAGUGAGGAUGAAGCUCCUAAAAGGGGCAAGUCCGGCUCAGAUGACCAAAACUCUGGCAAGAAAGACGAAGAGGAGGAGGAGGAAGAGUGGGAGAAGGAGGAGCGCGAGCGACUGCAAGACAUCGAGGAGAGAGAUGCCUUUGCUGAGCGAGUCAGACAGAAGGACAAAGACAAAACCCGCAACAUCACGGAGAGGACGGACAAAAAGGCUUAUGAAGAAGCUCAGAAGAGGCUGAAGAUGGCUGAAGAUGAUAAGAACAACAUGUUGCCAGAGUUGAGGAAAAAGUCUCGUCAGUCGUAUUUAAAGAAGAGGGAAGCUGAGAAGCUGGAGGACCUGGAGGCGGAGAUCAAAGACGAGGAGUACUUUUUUUCUUUGGACGAGCUUACUGAGAGGGAGCGGCGGGAUCUGGAGCACAAGCGCAUCCUCAGAGACCUGGCUCAAGACUACAAGAAGGCCGGAGCCAAGGAGCAGGAGGAGAGGAAGAACAGAUACUACAUGCCAGAGGAGAAGAGACGGAAGGAUGUUCCUGAGCGGGACCUGGAGCUGGAGGAAAUCCCGAUGGAGCUGGGAGGGGAGCAGGGGCGCUGGGAGGAGGAGAGGCUGAAGACGGCCUCGCUCAGCUUUGGAGCCAAGAAGGAGCGGGAGCAGGGGAUGAGGGAGGAGCAGGAGAGGUACCAGUUGAUCCUGGAGGAAGAGGAGAUGAUCGAGUUUGUCACCACGGCCAUCACCAUGAAGGGGACCCGCAGUGAAAAGGAUCAGGAGGCCCACGCUCUGUCCCAGGCGGAGCUGAAGAAGCAGUCCAUGCAGGAGGUGCGCCGCAGCCUACCCAUCUUCCCCUACAGAGAAGACCUGCUGGCUGCCAUCAACGAGCACCAGGUGCUGGUCAUCGAGGGGGAGACUGGUUCAGGGAAGACCACCCAGAUCCCCCAGUACCUGAUGGAGGAGGGCUACACGAAUGGAGGCAUGAAGAUCGGAUGCACGCAGCCUCGUAGGGUGGCCGCCAUGUCUGUGGCGGCCAGAGUGGCAGAGGAAAUUGGCGUGAAGCUCGGGAACGAGGUGGGCUACAGCAUCCGCUUUGAGGACUGCACGUCAGAGAGGACCGUGCUCAAAUACAUGACGGACGGCAUGCUGCUCCGCGAGUUUCUCACCGAGCCGGACCUGGCCAGCUACAGCGUGAUCCUCAUCGAUGAAGCCCACGAGCGAACGCUGCACACAGACAUCCUGUUCGGGCUGAUUAAAGACAUCGCCAGAUUCAGACCCGACCUGAAGGUUCUGGUGGCGAGCGCCACUCUGGACACGGAACGCUUUUCCAGCUUCUUCGACGACGCCCCGGUUUUCAGGAUUCCCGGCAGGAGGUUCCCCGUGGAUAUUUUCUACACCAAAGCUCCUGAGGCAGACUACCUGGACGCGUGUGUGGUGUCGGUGCUGCAGAUCCACGUCACUCAGCCUCCAGGAGACAUCCUGGUCUUCCUCACAGGACAGGAGGAGAUCGAAGCGUGCUGCGAGCUUCUGCAAGAGAGAUGCAGGCGGCUCGGAUCCAAGAUCGCAGAGCUGCUCGUCCUCCCCAUCUACGCCAACCUGCCGUCUGACAUGCAGGCCAAGAUCUUCACCCCGACUCCUCCUGGAGCCAGAAAGGUGGUGGUGGCCACCAACAUUGCAGAGACGUCCCUCACCAUCGACGGCAUCAUCUACGUCAUCGACCCCGGCUUCUGCAAGCAGAAGAGCUACAACGCCCGCACAGGCAUGGAGUCGCUCAUUGUGACGCCCUGCUCGCGGGCUUCAGCCAACCAGAGGGCAGGCCGUGCAGGCAGAGUGGCUGCUGGGAAAUGUUUCCGGCUGUACACCGCCUGGGCCUUCAAACACGAGAUGGAGGAAACAACCGUGCCUGAGAUUCAGAGGACCAACCUGGGGAAUGUAGUUCUCCUGCUGAAGAGUUUGGGCAUCAAUGAUUUGAUUCACUUUGACUUCAUGGACCCGCCUCCUCACGAGACUCUGGUUUUGGCAUUGGAGCAGCUCUACGCUCUGGGAGCCCUAAACCACCUGGGGGAGCUCACAAAGCUGGGUAGAAGGAUGGCAGAGUUACCAGUGGAUCCAAUGCUGAGCAAGAUGAUCCUGGCCUCUGAACAGUACAAGUGUUCAGAGGAGGUGCUGACCAUAGCGGCCAUGCUCUCUGUCAACAACUCCAUCUUCUAUCGGCCCAAAGACAAAGUGGUGCACGCCGACAACGCCAGGAUGAACUUCGUGGUUCCGGGAGGAGAUCACCUGGUGCUCCUCAACGUCUACACGCAGUGGGUGGAGAGUGGAUUCUCCACUCAGUGGUGCUACGAGAACUUCAUCCAGUUCCGCUCCAUGAGGAGAGCCCGGGAUGUCAGGGACCAGCUGGAGGGGCUGAUGGAGCGCAUCGAGGUGGAGGUGGUCAGCUGUCAGGGAGAAAAUGUGCCGAUUCGAAAGGCAGUGACAGCCGGGUACUUCUACCACACAGCCCGGCUCAGCAAAGGCGGCUACAAGACGGUGAAGCACCAGCAGACGGUCUACACCCACCCCAACAGCUCCCUGUUUGAGGAGCAGCCCCGUUGGCUCAUCUACCACGAGCUGGUCUUCACCACCAAGGAGUUCAUGAGACAGGUGAUCGAGAUCGAGAGCGCCUGGCUGCUGGAGGUGGCUCCCCACUACUACAAGAGCAAAGAGCUGGAGGACAGCAGCAACAAGAAGAUGCCCCGCAAGCAGGGCAAAGCCAAGGAGGAGCUGGGCUGAAAGAUGACGGGAAAUUCCAAAGGAACUGCAUUUGCUCACAUCUGCACAGUUUAUCUGGUCAGAGCAACGAAGGAGUCAUCACUGAUGAACUGGUUUAAUCAUAAACAGGAAGAGAACAAAGAAAAAGUGCAGAGUCAUGGGGUGGAUUCUUGGGGCCGCAGGACGCCGCUCUGGCCUUUAACACCACUCUUUAGCUUCAUUUUUCCUUGUAAUAAAUCUUUGCCAUCA